UGUUUCACUUCUGCAGAGCUGUCAUGACCAACAGUGGCGUCUUAAGAAAUCAGUCCGGUAGAGAUAAUGGUAGGACAUUUAUGAUAUUUCCUAAUAUUUUUAGACUAUUGAUCACUGAAAUUGUAUUAUGCCAAGCUAACACUACAGGGAUUUUGACUUGAUUCUGAUGUAGACUUCUCUUAGACACAUAGAAUGGCUAAUGGUUAUUCACAUUUGCUGAAAUUAAAUUGACAGCACCUAGUUUAUUCUGAAAAAUCGGAAAGUUCCUCUUAUCAGAAAGGUCAAAGAUGUGAUUAUUUCAAAUUCCAUCAGUCUGGACAUUGUCAAAGGAGCCAGGUUAAUUCUUUAUAUUGAUGGCUCUGACUCACGUUAGAUUGAAGAUUGAAACUAUACAUUUUAAUCCUCUAGAAAUAUUGCGGGUAAUUAUCUGUCAUCAUACCUAUACAACCAGCCAUGUGUGAAAUGUACUACGCAGGGUUUAAAUCAAGAAUGGCAAUUAAAAGACAGCUCUAAAUUUAAAAAAAUUAAAAUCUUGUGGUGUUAGUUUGGCACAUGAGGAUAAAAGCAUUAUAUUGUUUAUGUGAAUAUUAUUAUAAUCAAGAAAUAUGUAAAUAUUUAGGAUCAUAGGACGUGAUGUAUACAUUGAAUUACACACUGUAUCUCGUCUAGUGCCUAGGCCAGCCAUUUGAACAUGUUAUAGCUAGAUAUCUAUUACAGAUAUCUGUGAUUCAAUACUUCGUGGUAAAAACAAUUUCAGGAUAACAAAAUGACCUUCUUCUGAUAACAAUUUAUAUUUCAGAUAUCCCAAAUGUCAUCCUUCCUAAGAAAAAUUAGGAAGGAUAUCUGAAAUAUCUGAAAUUAAAAUUAGGAUCAGAGAGGACUUUUAAAACGGCUUACGUGCCAUCCAUUUAUACACUUGGAACGUAUACUCAAAACGAUUUUACUCUUUUGACCUACCUAUAAAAUACAAAACCGCAAGUCAACAUUACAAUAACAGAUGAAAAAUGCUUUUCCAUUUUUCUUUUCAGGGUAUCUUUCAAAUAGUGGUUAUUCUAUUACUGAGCCAACUCCCUUCAUUGAGAGGAAGAAUCCCCCUGUUUUUUCCAUGUGACAAUAAUGAAAACGAUACUGAGAUAUACUGCACUGACAGGCCACUCGAUGACAUCCCUGUUUUCACUUCAAUGAAUGUAACGUUGGUUGACCUAAGUCACACCAAGAUACGGGAAGUAGGACAGCAUAAAUUCUCUGGCAUUCCAAAUCUAAUCACUCUGAAAAUGACGUGGAAUUGUGAUCCCAAUAGCAUUCGAAACAUAAACAGCCCCUCCUGUGGAGUCAGAAUACACAAGGAUGCCUUCAGGAGUCUGAACAACCUCACUUAUUUACAUCUGUCAGGAAACAGCCUUACCACGUUACCCUGGUUACCGGAAAGCAUUAAGGUCCUGGAUCUCAAGAGUAACUGCAUUUUCAAAAUCAUCAUCCCUUUUGGAACCCCACAUCUAGAGGAGCUCUUCCUCUCAAUGAACUGUUAUAAUGAAAACCCUUGCCACCAGUCAUUUUACAUCCAUGAGGACGUUUACAUGGAACUAUCACAUCUAAAAGUUCUAACCCUUGGAUACAACAAUUUGACAUCAAUACCACUAGGUUUGCCAGCUUCCCUUAUGAAAUUGGACUUGCAAGAAAAUACAAUAAGUGAGGUUCCAGAAGGGGCAUUUGCUAAUUUUCCUAUCCUGGAGGAACUAAAUCUGGCAUGGAAUUGUCAGCGUUGUGACCACGCAGCCCGCCCUUGUUUUCCUUGCCCUAACAAUGCCUCCCUAAAGCUUCACCCUAAUUCAUUCAAUACGAAAAACAGCUCCAUUAAUUUUCUGAGCAUGAGGGGAAACUCUUUGAACAAUAUACCAGAGGGUAUUUUUCUCCCUUUGACACAUCUGAAGAGGUUGGAUCUCUCCAGCAACUACCUGGCCUUCACCAUCCGUAAUGGUACCUUCUUUACAGAGCUAAAGCAGUUGACAUGGAUCAGCCUCAACUAUAACUCUUAUCCAUCCAAGACAUUUCCUGAACUGAUCCUUUCAGAACAUCUGGGAAAUGUCUCAAAUCUCGAAACCCUUCUGUUAAGCGGGAACUUUUUCAACACUGUUUCAGAACAAAGCCUUGUGGUUCUGUCCAGACUCAAACAACUUAAGAUGCUGGAGAUGCGCAUGAAUUUCAUCAAAUGUUUCAACAUGAGCACUGUGGGUAUGUUAACUUCCCUCAAAAAAAUUGAUGUCUCCCAGAACAAACUGAGUUAUCUCCCUCAUAAUGUGUCAUUUGGGUCCUGUUUAGAACAAGGCCCACAGGGUCAAAAUGUUUUCAAAGACUUUUCAGAAUUACCAAUGCCACCAAUAUCAGUACACAUUAAUCAAACUAUGAUUGAAAGCAACACCUGUAGAACUAACAAUACAAUAUUGGAAAUGUGGUAUUUCAAAAAGAAAUUCUGCCAAAAAAAGUUGACAGUUGAUCUUUCACAAAAUAAUCUUAUUUUCCUUCAUAAAGAUUUUUUCUAUGGUAUGGAAAAUGUUGUGUGCUUGAACCUGACUUACAAUUAUGCAAACCAGGUGUUAAGAGGUAGACUUUUCGAUCAAUUGAAAAGCUUAGCUUACUUAGAUAUGUCAUACAAUAGAAUUGACUUAUAUUAUAGGGAUGUAUUCAGUGAGUUGAACAGGACUUUGAAGGUACUGGACCUCAGUCAAAAUGAGUAUAUAUUUCGUAUGAAGGGAAUGGCUCAUAAUCUUGAGUUUAUUGACAGGCUCACUAAUUUGGAGGUUUUAAAUCUUGCAAAUAAUGGCAUGGGUCAGCAAAUUACUCCGCACCUGAGCAGCAACUCCGUGAAGUAUUUGUACUUUUCUGGGAAUCGCCUAGAUAUAAUGUGGAAUACAGAGGGCCAGACCUACAUUCAUUUCUUCCAGAACCUGAAGAAUUUAAUCUACUUGGACAUCUCUCAGAACCGCCUGCGUUCAAUCGAAAACCGGAUCCUCUGUAAUCUACCAAAGAGCAUUCAGGCUAUCAGCAUUAGCAAUAAUUACCUUUCUUAUUUUACAUGGCCGAACCUCCAAUGUCUCGGAAAUCUAACGCAUCUAAAUCUCAGUGGAAAUCACCUUUCAAGUCUGCAUCCAAGUAUUACAGAGUUUCCACCACAUCUUUCCUUGUUGGACCUCAGUGGCAACCAGAUUACUGAUCUUCCUGAUGAAUUCUUCUGUAAAGCCAAAGCUUUGCAUUGUCUCUAUCUCAAUGACAACUUUCUCAAAGUGUUGAACCAUCAGUCACUCCCACCUCUGCUGACAAAUGGCACUUCUUUUCAAUUGCUAACCCUGCAUGACAACCCUUUCAUCUGUGACUGUAACAACUCCGGAUUGGAUGAAUUCCUGCGGACCAGCAACACACGUAUUCCUCACCUGACCACUGCUGUUCAAUGUGGAUUCCCAGAGCCCCUGCAGGGUCAACAUGUGCUGACCGUCGACCAGCGUUCCUGUCAGGAGAUCUAUGGUGGCUUGGCCUUCCUCUUAAGUACACUCUUCAUAUGUGCAUUUAUUGCUCUGCCACUGUUAAGACAUCUGUAUGGCUGGGAUGUGUGGUACUGCCUACAGAUCCUAUGGGCAGGAUGUAAGGGCUACCUGCAUUCGUCUGCCAGUUGCUCGCCAAAACACUAUGAUGCUUUCGUGGUGUUUGACACAAACAACCAGGACGUGAGAGACUGGGUUUACAAUGAGUUGGUUAUCCAUUUGGAGAGCUCAGGCCACAGAAGAUUCUCACUCUGUUUAGAGGAGAGGGACUGGAUUCCUGGGCUUUCCUGCAUUGAAAACCUCCACCAUGCUGUCCAUAGCAGCGAGAAGACAGUGUUUGUGCUGUCCAACGGCACAAGAAAUGGCGUUGGUGAAGCAACGGUCAAUGGUCUGAUACAGCAGACUUUUUUCAUGGUCCAGCAGAGACUUCUUGAUGAGAAGGUGGACGUAGCCGUUCUCAUACUGCUGGACAAGAUGUUUCCCAAGCUGAAGUACCUCCAACUAAGGACGAGGUUGUGCAAGAAGUCAGUGAUGUCCUGGCCUAGAAACCCAAAGGCCCAACCCCUAUUCUGGAACCAAAUGAGGAUAGCACUGUCAUCAGACAAUCUUAAAUUAUAUGACAAAAACAUUAGUGAAAGUUUCAUAUAAAUUCCACUCGUUAUACAAAGUAACAAAGUUCUAUCGUCUCUCUGAAAAUGUGUGUAGAUAGGCCUAAUUACUUUUCAAUGAAGACCACCGCUGUUCAACAAUUGAUGUGGACCUUAACAGUGUGAUGUUAAAUAUAGCCUAACCCUAACCCUAAAUUUUAUAUAGUUUACAUAUAUAUCAUAUAAUCCUUUAUUUUUAGCUUUCACUUGUCUCUAGUUUAACAAACCAACAUCUACAGUUUCUGAAAAAUGUGAAGAAAUGUGCGUGUGUAUAGGUUGAAUAACUUUUCAAUGUAGAGCACAUCCUUUUAAUAAUUUGUGUUCAAUUUGAGAUUAGGGUUCCUGUUCCUGCUAAUUUGUAUCCCUGAUUAUGUAGCGUUUUAAUGUAAAAACACAUAACUAAUCUUGGACAAUGUACUGGCUAUGCUGCCACUUAGAUUAAUCAAACCAUCAUGAAACUCAUGAUAUGUAUACAAUGCUGAUCUAGAGAAGGGAUUAAAGCCUAGUGCUGUACUGAUUUGGGAAUUCUUGACAUCAGUCAAGCAUAUGUCUAUGUUAUGGGGACCUUUUCUGUUAAGACACAGUUUAUUUUGUCUAAAGAUGUAUGCAUACUGUAGAUUGGUAUUUUUAUCUAGUUUUUAAGAUAUGGGUUCGGACUCGGUCUUGUAGAUAUGGCAAAGAGUACCCAUGAUUGUAAAAUAUAAAACGACUUUGUGAUUUUUGAAUUA